UUGUGGAUUUACAUGCCAAGCCAUCAAGAUGAUGUCUAUGAACAGCAAGCAGCCUCACUUUGCCAUGCAUCCCACCCUCCCUGAGCACAAGUACCCGUCGCUGCACUCCAGCUCUGAGGCCAUCCGGCGGGCCUGCCUGCCCACGCCGCCGCUGCAGAGCAACCUCUUCGCCAGCCUAGACGAAACGCUGCUGGCGCGGGCAGAGGCGCUGGCGGCCGUGGACAUCGCCGUGUCCCAGGGCAAGAGCCACCCAUUCAAGCCAGACGCCACGUACCACACGAUGAACAGCGUGCCAUGCACGUCCACGUCCACCGUGCCGCUGGCGCACCACCACCACCACCACCACCACCACCAGGCGCUCGAGCCUGGCGACCUGCUGGACCACAUUUCGUCGCCCUCGCUCGCGCUCAUGGCCGGCGCGGGUGGCGCGGGCGCGGCGGGCGGCGGCGGCGGCGCCCACGCGGGGGCGGCGGCGGCGGCCGGGCAGGUGGCGGCGGCCUCAGCGGCUGCGGCCGUAGUGGGCGCGGCGGGCCUGGCGUCCAUCUGCGACUCGGACACGGACCCGCGCGAGCUCGAGGCGUUCGCCGAGCGCUUCAAGCAGAGGCGCAUCAAGCUGGGCGUGACGCAGGCCGACGUGGGCUCGGCGCUGGCCAACCUCAAGAUCCCGGGCGUGGGCUCGCUCAGCCAGAGCACCAUCUGCAGGUUCGAGUCGCUCACGCUCUCGCACAACAACAUGAUCGCGCUCAAGCCCAUCCUGCAGGCGUGGCUCGAGGAGGCCGAGGGCGCGCAGCGCGAGAAAAUGAACAAGCCCGAGCUCUUCAACGGCGGCGAGAAGAAGCGCAAGCGGACUUCCAUCGCAGCGCCGGAGAAGCGCUCCCUCGAGGCCUACUUCGCCGUACAACCCCGGCCCUCCUCCGAGAAGAUCGCCGCCAUCGCCGAGAAACUGGACCUCAAAAAGAACGUGGUGCGGGUGUGGUUUUGCAACCAGAGACAGAAGCAGAAGCGGAUGAAAUUCUCCGCCACUUACUGAGGGGGGAGCGGGAGGUGCAGGGCGGGGCAGAGCGGGGAGCUGAAGGGGCUUUUCGGGGCCUUUCCCUGAGCCUCUUUCCCCUAGAUUUGGAGUGU